AUGUCUAGGUCAUCUUUCAAGGAACCACUUUCGGCUACAAGGAAUGGGAAGGUCCGCUGGUCUCGGUUUCCGGAACAUCCAUCACCGUCAAGGGAGCCUCCGGAGCCACACUCAACGGAGAUGGUGCCCGCUGGUGGGAUGGAAAGGGAACUAACGGCGGCAAGAAGAAGCCUAAGUUCUUCUACGGCCCACAAGCUGACCAACUCCAUCAUUGAGAACAUCUACAUCAAAAACUCCCCUGUGCAGGUCUUCAGCAUCAACGGUGCUACAGAACUCAGUCUCAGCGGAAUCACUGUUGACAACGCCGAUGGCGAUAGCAAGGGUGGCCACAAAACCGACGCUUUCGACGUUGGUUCCCGCAACGGUGUCUACAUCACCAACCCAACUGUCCACAAUCAGGAUGACUGCCCGGCCGUCAACUCCGGCACUAACGUCCACUUCACCGGCGCUAAGUGUACUGGUGGCCACGGUAUCUCUAUCGGCUCUGACUCCCAGAAUGGUGUCCGCAUCAAGACCGUCUACGGUGCCACCAGCUCCGUCAAGGGUGUCACCUACAAGGACAUCACCCUCUCCGGAAUUACCAAGUACGGCGUUGUCAUCGAGCAGGACUACCAGAAUGGCAGCCCUACUGGUACCCCCACCAACGGUGUCCCUAUCACUGGUCUGACCAUGAGCAACGUCAAGGGAACUGUCUCCAGCAGCGCUACUGACGUCUACAUCCUUUGUGCUUCCGGUGCUUGCUCCAACUGGUCUUGGAGUGGCGUCAGUGUUACUGGGGGUAAGACUAGUAGCAAGUUCAAGAACAUCCCUAGCGGUGCUAGCUGCUAA